UCUGCUCGAGCAGUGCUCGCUCUUGCCGGUGGAUGCUGCGCUUCUCUGGGCGAAACAUGAAGGUGCUCCUCGCCGCCGCCCUCGUCGUGGGCUCCGUCUUCUUCCUGCUACUACCAGGACCCUCCGUGGCCGAUGAGAAGAAAAAGGGACCCAAAGUUACCGUCAAGGUGUACUUUGACCUACGCAUUGGAGAUGAAGAUGUAGGCCGGGUGGUCUUCGGUCUCUUUGGGAAAACUGUUCCAAAAACAGUGGAUAAUUUUGUGGCCUUAGCUACAGGAGAGAAAGGAUUUGGCUAUAAAAACAGCAAAUUCCAUCGUGUGAUCAAGGACUUCAUGAUCCAGGGUGGAGACUUCACCAGGGGAGAUGGCACAGGAGGAAAGAGCAUCUACGGUGAGCGUUUCCCUGAUGAAAACUUCAAGCUGAAGCACUAUGGGCCUGGCUGGGUGAGCAUGGCCAAUGCAGGAAAAGACACCAAUGGAUCCCAGUUCUUCAUCACUACAGUCAAAACGGCCUGGCUAGAUGGCAAGCACGUAGUGUUCGGCAAAGUUCUAGAGGGCAUGGAGGUGGUGCGGAAGGUGGAGAGCACCAAGACAGACAGUCGAGACAAGCCUCUGAAGGAUGUGAUCAUCGCAGACUGUGGCAAAAUUGAGGUGGAGAAGCCCUUUGCCAUCGCCAAGGAGUAAGGCCCAGGAACCUCUUACCUCUGAGCAGCUGUCUGUGCUGGUCCUGUUGCCUUCACAGGAUGAAGGGUACCAUCACAGGGCUCCGUGCUACAUUGGCCCUAGUGCUGGCGUCUGACAGAGCAGACUUACUCCCCUCACAUUUCACAGGGCCCAGUUUUGUAACAAACUCUUAUCAGUGAUGACCAAUAAAAAAAGAAAAAAUUU